AGGCAAUCGGACUAGUUGAGCUUUCUGAAAUCUCCAGAACCGCAACCAUGAUGGCGGAUCCCUUUGAGGUCCGCAUGCGCUUCACUGCGCAGCUACAGCAUCUUAAUGCCUCUGUGACCUCGUCGCAGAAGGCAGCGCAUUAUGCGUUGAAAUACCGCGACAUGGAUGAGGAUCUCCAUUCCUGUAUCCUGGAACAACUUGAAAGGAAUAACAUGAAUAACCGAGCCAACAUCAUGUACUUCAUCGAGCAAUUCUGCGAGAUGGCCACCAAGGAAAACCAUACACCCUAUGUCCGGAUGAUGCAAAGGGAUAUUCUACGCGUCGUUGAUGCCGUCGUACCACCGGACGGAUCAGGAGCUGCGAACAUUAAGCACGUUCGGCGUGUUCUCAACGGUCUCCAGAGUAAAGCUAUUCUCUCAGCCGAAACGGUAGCUGAGAUCGACGCCGGGCUCAAGGAACGGGAGGCCCAGGUGGCACAUCUCGACUUGGAUGCCGAGGAGGAGGUCGAUAAUGGUUCGAAAGCGAAAGGUGGGACCCCGCGAGGCUCCAGGCCGAGUGGGAUGCGCGUGGACAAGAGGCAGAUCGAGCAACGGAUUGAAGAAGACCGCGAACGGAACAAAAGGCUGCGCGAGAGUAUGUGGACAGUCAGUGGGGAUGAUGGUGACGAACAUGGCAAGUUCUGGGAUGAAGUCAGUGAUAUAGGUGAGGAUGACUUCCUGGGGGCGCAGGAGGAACUCAUGGAGCGCAAUCAAAUGGUUGCUGCUCAAUGAUAAGAGAGACUUAGAUCCGGGACUGGCUAUUAUCGCUGCCUUCUUGUUGGAUCUAAUGGGCUGGAGAAGGUGUUAUGGAGUUUUGCAGCUAUAUAUCCUGGGGUUUGAUGCUUAUAUUUACAGGCGGAGUUGGUUGUAUGAUAAAAGAUACCUGUUCAAGUGAAUUUUGAGUCCUUUCUAGACUUCUGGGAGUUAAAAGCAAACC